AUGGCUGAAGUGAUGAGAAGGGUUUGGAAUGGUAUGCAGUUUAUAAUAGCAAUGAUAGUAUAUUUUUCAUAUAUUAUUGUUGGGCUUAUAGUUGUAUCUGUGGCCAAACUGGUGUGUUGUGGAGAAAAAUCUCAAAGAGUUCUUAGGAAGUCGGCAAAGGUCGGAUGGCUCCAUCUCACACGGGCUAUGUUUUCUAGAUACUUUCCUCAGAGGGUGUUUAUCAGGUACAACCCGAUAAUACUUAAAAGGAAUAGAAAUGUUGUGAUUUCAAAUCACUUGACAGAGUAUGACUGGCUAUUCGUUUGCUGUGUCCUCCAUUACCUUAAAAGGUUUGAGGACCUCUGUAUUAUUCUCAAAAUGUCUUUAAGGAACAUUCCAUUGUUAGGCUAUGGUAUGAAGUUUUUCCAAUUUAUUUUCUUGAACAGAAAGGUAAGCAAGGAUAGGGAGAUUAUUAUGAGUGGGGCAUCUAGGCUCAAGAAGGAAGGAAAGUAUGACCUUCUUCUUUUUCCAGAAGGGACAUACAUAGACAAAUGUUCCCACCCCAAGUCUCACAAGUGGUCGGUUGAGGCAAACGUAGAGGUUGAAGGAAAGGGGUUUGAUCCUGAGGAGGUUCUUAUUCCAAGAACCACUGGAUUUAAGAUACUUAGGGAAAAUAUUCGGGAUGAUAUGGAAGGAGUCAUAGAUCUCACGAUGAUAGGGAAUCCUUAUGUAAAGUAUCCCAAUGAUGUCUUCUCUUAUUGGGAUGUGAUAAUAAACAAAUCACAGAAGGUGAACUUCAUGUUCUUCCUGGAUUACAUUCCUAAUAAUGACGGUAUGGAUGGCGAUGAUUUUCUCCUGAAGCUAUUUGAGGAGAAGGAGAAAAUGAUAUCUAGGUUUAGGAAGGAGAACGGAGAUAGGUGUAUAAGAAGUAUAGAUGAGUUCAAGAAUGUUGCGGAUUCAUUGUCACGUCCUGAGACAGAACACAUAGAUAUGGAGAUUGAGUUGUCUUCUCAUUGGGGCCCCUUCUUUUAUGUUAUGUUUAUUCUCGUCUCGGGACUGUUAUUAGGAUCUGCUAUAAGGUUUUGUUCGAAAUAA